GCAGCACUUUGUGCCUAAAAUCAUUGAAAUUCUUGCUGCUUAACUUGGCGUUGAAGACGUCAAGUGAAGAGAAAGCUAGAGCUUUUGAUAUCAAAGCUCGACAUAAACCAUGAAUAUUCAACUGAUUUUGUUGGUGAGCUUGGCUCUUGUUUCCAUUGCUUCAUCAAUGGUUAUUAUGAAACCUCGACCAGAUGAAAACGAUGAUUUAUUGAAGAAGUCGGUCGCAGUUGAAGAAGAUGCUCGUGUUCCAGAAAACUCUGAAGAAGCUGAUGAUGCGGAACCAGAGGAGG